CUCUGCCAAAACUAUCAGUGGAUUUCUUCCUUCUAAUCUCCCAUAAUGCCUUAUUCGAUUAUUGUCAAUGCUCUCCCUUACUGUUCUUACGUCUCUCAAAACUCCUUCGGUGCUUUUCCUCUAAACAGAGUUAUUCAGAUGAAGACCUACCGCAAGAGUGAAGCGGAUGAGGGCAAAAACAAUUUAGAUGUAUAUUAAACCGCGGAUGCGAAUUGAAUCAAUAAUAUCAAAUUAUGGGCGGCGCAGGUUGUUUUAGUUGACGCACCUCUUUUCGUUGCAGAUUAUGCAAAAACUAUGGCUUUCUUCAUCACUUGCAUCUUCCUGUCUUGUAUCGGGGACGUUUGGGGAAACCAGCAAACAGAAGCCAGGGUCUAUUUGGAUAAUAUAACACGGAUUUUGGACAGAUUAUUAGACGGCUACGAUAACAGGCUCCGACCUGGAUUUGGAGGUCCUGUCACAGAGGUCAAAACAGACAUCUUUGUCACCAGUUUUGGUCCGGUUUCAGAUGUAGAAAUGGAAUACACCAUGGACGUUUUCUUCCGGCAAACGUGGAUCGACGAGAGGCUUAAAUUCGACGGGCCCACGGAGAUCCUGCGCCUGAACAACCUCAUGGUCAGCAAGAUCUGGACACCGGAUACCUUCUUCCGGAACGGGAAGCGGUCCAUCUCUCACAACAUGACCACUCCCAACAAGCUGUUCCGUAUCAUGCAGAAUGGGACUGUGCUCUACACCAUGAGGCUUACUAUUAAUGCAGAAUGUCCGAUGAGACUCAUGAACUUUCCCAUGGAUGGGCACGCCUGUCCCCUGAAGUUUGGCAGUUACGCCUACCCCAUCAGUGAGAUUGUUUACACGUGGAAGAAGGGACCUCUGUUGUCCGUAGAGGUACCGGAGGAAUCAUCCAGCUUGCUGCAGUAUGAUCUGAUAGGUCAGACGGUGUCGAGCGAAAGGUUAAAAUCCAACACAGGUGUCUAUUCCAUACAGGUCAUCCACUUUUUCCUGGAAAGGAAACUAGGUAAUUAUCUCAUGCAGACCUACAUCCCAUUGAUCAUGACCGUUGCACAGUCACAGAUUGUGUUCUGGAUCAACAAAGAGUCUGUUCCUGCUCGAACUGUUGCAGGUAUCACCACAGUGCUGACCAUGACCACACUGAGCAUAAGUGCUCGCCAUUCGCUCCCCAAGGUGUCGUACGCCACCGCCAUGGACUGGUUCAUCGCCGUCUGCUUUGCCUUCGUCUUCUCCGCGCUCAUCGAGUUCGCCGCUGUCAACUACUUCUCCACGCUGCAGGCCAAACGGGAGAAGCGCAAAGCGGCAGCCCUGAAGGUGGCGGCCCUGGAGGCGGCGGUGGCUGAGGCCGAGGAGGAGGUGGUCCAGCCCGCGACGGACGGCGGCAGCCUGAAGAAGAGGAUGAACUCAGUGGCCCGUGGCGAGGCCCCUGCACCUGCGGAGCACCCCAAGCCCACCCCCGCGCCCGUUUUCGUGCAGCAACGCCCCGCCGCCCCACCUAGCAACGGGCUGUCGGGCACCAGUAUCAUCGACAAGUACGCGCGCAUCCUCUUCCCCUUGUCCUUCGGAGCUUUCAACCUGGUCUACUGGAUCGUCUAUCUCACCAAGGACACCAUGGAGCCUUCCAGGGAGUCUGCGUGAGACCCUCCCCACCCCACCCCCCCACCUGCAAACUGAAGUCAGCGAAACCAUCACUGGAAGGGGGGGGGGGUGCAUGGAGACCAGCUCUGUUAGUGUUGCUGCUGCAGCGCAAACCGUACUUUCCUCCAUCUGUUUUUUUUUUUUUGUUUUAUUUUGUUUUUAAUUGUUGCAAAGAGUUUACUGACUGACUGGGGGGGGGGGGUUGGGCGACAUGGCCUUUUGCCAGACUCUUGAUCAGGGGCAGGGGCUUAUCUGGGGGCCUAAGGUUGACAUCAGUAUGGACACUUGGGUGUUGGCGAUGUUGCCAAACUGUUUCAGUGUGGGGGCCCUGUAGUUUGCCAGGGGUCUGGGCUUCAGCCUUGGGUAGCCGAUGGGUAACUCUGCUUCUGACAUCAGUGCUUUCUGUUCGUCCAAAAAUGUCUCCCAUUGUUCACGGUGAGGAACCAGAACACGCGUGUACACCCAUAGUGAGGUUUGACACACACGCAAGUGGAAAUGAAAGGACCACACAAACAUUGUAGCCAGACUAACUGCCUGUGUGAAAAUCCUCCCCUAAUCCAGGUUAAUAAAUACAGACUCUCCCCAGGUUACGAUGCGGUUACGCACCGAUAAACCUGUCGUAAGGUAAAAAUAUCGUAAGGUGAACAAUGCAUUUUAAUACACCUAACCUAACGAGCAUCAUAGCCUAGCCUACCUUAAACAUGGUUAGAACACUUACAUUAGCCUACAGUUGGGCAAAAUGAUGAACACAUUUUCUUAAUAUAAUAAAGUGUUGAAUAUCUCAUGUAAAUUAUUGAAUUUACGAAUGUACUGAAACUGAAAAACAUUUACCCAUCGUAAAGUCAAAAUAUCGUAACAUGGGCCAUCGUAACCUGGGGAGCGUCUGUACACUGAUAUAUCAGUAGUUGUCCUAAACAUGGUUUAUCUCAUUGCGUGACUGCUUAGGCUGCAGACGAAUGUGAAUGGCAGUUUAUAAAUGCAAUGUUAGUUUGCGUAGACUAUCUUCACUAACGAUGGCAACUUCUAGAAGGCCUCAGAUUUUAAGUGAUUUUGGGGUGAAGUCAGGUUUAUCAUAUUUAAUGGGCUUGUGGUGACCAUGCACACAUUUGCUUCAUUCGUUCACCUCUUCAAUCAGGAUGGUGGGUCCAUGCUAUUUUGGAAAUGGAGUGAUCUUUGCUACAGUCUUUAAUGUGCGGUUUAGAUUUGGGACUAGCAUGACUAGACUCUCCUUUACUGCUCAUUAUGUGGUUCAUGUAAAGCCGCACUGAAGUCAUUCAAACUUCUGAAUGUUGAUUUUGUUUCUACUCAUCAGGAGAUUAACCUGCUUCAGGAAAUGUACUGACCGUUAGAUUUUCGUACGCAGAUAGGCAUGGUAGCUCAGAUUUUCUUUUAUUUUUCUAGCCUUCCAAAGUAUAUGAUAAUAUCUGAUAUUCAGUCAUUCCUGUUCAAUCAGCUUGUUUUCAUGAAAGAAUAUUCAGAUCUGAUUUGUUACAAACGUAUCAGUUACUGUUUGAUAAAUGUAUUAUACAUCAAUAUGAUUAUUGUACGCCGCAUUUAAAUGAAUGUUCAUUGUUCCGCUUGAAUAAAUUCUAUGUACAUUACAUCUUUA